AUGAUGAGCGCUUUGUUCGGCCGAGCUCUGCUUCAAAACGCUGCGACGAUGAGUGCAUCCCUCAGCGUCGGGGAUCUUGCGUGUCAGUGCAUCGAGAUCUGCGCGAAAGGAGGGGCCGGUGAUGAGGGCAGCAAGAGAAGGCCUGGGCCGCGAGAGCCGCUGACGUGGUAUGCUGCGGCGCGCGAGUCGUGUGGCAAAGCUUGUGCCCUGGACUUCGAGCGGACGAGCCGCAUGGCUUUCGCUGGCCUCUGUGUGCAAGGUCCACUCAUUCACUGGCUGUACCACUGCAUCGAUCAUUUCUUGGGGAAGAAGCAGAAUUUGGCCACCGUGCUGCGGAAGAUCUGCGCCAGCUCUGCCUUCGCACCGGUGCACAUCUGCGCAGUCUUCGGCACCGUCGCAGCUCUGCGAGGAGACAGUGCUGAGGAGAUUGCGACGAAAGUCACAGUGGAUUUUCCAAAGGCAUACCUCGCUGGUUUCUUUUAUUGGCCAGUGGUGAACUUGGGAAACUUCCUGAUAAUAACCGCCCCGGAGACGCGCGUGAAAGUGCACAGUGCUGCGAGUCUAUUGUACAGCGUAUUCUUGACUUUUGCUGCCAACACGCCUAAUUGGCAUGCUGUGCUUUUUCAAUGGCAGGAAUGA